AUGGAUGGGGAGGUAGGGCCGCUUGUAUUAGGGAGGGAGGGAGGGAGGGGGGAGGGAGGGAGGGAGGGAGGGGGGCGGGAGGGGGAGGGAGGGAGAGGGCAGGGGGGGGGAGGGAGGAGGAGGGAGGAGGGAGGGAGGGAGGAGGGAGGGACGGGCGGGAGGGAGGGAGGGAGGGAGGGGGGAGGGAGGAGGGGAGGGAGGGAGGAGGGGGGGGAGGGGGGGGGAGGGAGGGAGAGGGAGGAGAGGAGGGAGGGGGAGGGAGAGGGAGGCGGGGGAGGGAGGGAGGGAGGAGAGGAGGAGGGAGGUAGGGCGGUAGGGAGGGUGUCGGGGGGCGGGAGGAGUGAGGAUGAGGGAUGAGGUAGGGAGUUAGGGAGGGAUGGGGGGAGGGAGGAGGGCUUAUGGGAGUGUUUGAUGGGGAUGAGGUGCUGUGGGAGGGAGUGAUUGUGGAUUUCUUUCGUUUUUCUUCUUAUUUCUUUGUCUUCUUCUUUCUUUCUUCUUUCUUUUCUUCUUUCUUUCUUUCUUCUUUCUUUCUUUCUUUCUUUCUUUCUUUCUUUCUUUUUUCGUUCUUUCUUUCUUUCUUUCUUUCAGUAGGAAAACCUGCAAAAUCGGCAGUGUAUCAAAUACUUGUUCUCCCCAACUGUACAUGAGUAGAAUCAUGGAGGAUAAAGUCUGGGACUUUGAAAUAUAACGGCGCGGAGGGAAUGGCCGCCGUUUAAUGGGCUCCUGACCAAUUGUGCUAGUUUGUGAUUUUUUUGACUCCGAAAGAGCUUCUGGACAUCAGAACAGCUGUCACUACCUCCAUUCGGACACUCAUUCAUCGAAAGGAGGAAUGCCCCCAUAGAGGGGGGGGGAUACUGACAAAAGACUUUGGACCGGCUGGAUAGGUUCCAUUGGGACCGCCAAGUGUGCUUUAGAUGAAAGUCAGCCAGUUCUGUCUGAGACAGGUAACUAGGGGAAUGGGUACAAGGUUAGUGGGUAUGCAUAGGAUCUUGAUGUUUCUACUUACGUUGGUUUGAGUUCUCUCGUAGGUGGAGGGGGGAGGGCAGGGAGGGAGGGGGGGGGAGGGAGGGAGGGAGGAGGGGGGGGGAGGGGGGGGGAGGGGGAGGGGGGGGGGAGGGGGGGGGAGGGAGGGGGGGGGGCCCGGGGGGGAGGGAGGGGGGGGAGGGAUGAGGGAGGGAGGGGGGGGGGGAGGGAGGGGAGGGAGGAGGGGAGGGGGGGGGAGGGAGGGAGGGAGGGGGGGGGGGGAGGGGGGGGAGGGAGGGGGGAGGGAGGGGGGGGGCGGGAGGGAGUGGGGGAGGGGUGAGGGGGAGGGAGGUGGGAGGGUUGGGGGGUGGAGGGGGAGGGAGGUGGGGGAGGGUUGAGGGGAGGGAGGGGAGGAGGUCGUUGGGGGGGGGGGAGGGAGGGUAGGGGGAGGGAUGGGAUGGUUUUGGUUUUAGUGGGGGGGGUUUUUUCCCGGGUUUCUUUUUGAGGGGUUUUGGGUUCUUUGGGGGUUUUUUCUUUCUUUUUUUCUUCUUAUUUUUUGUUGGGGUUCUUUCUUUCUUUUCUUUCUUUUUUUUUCUUUUUUUCUUUCUUUCUUUUUUUUCUUUUUUCUUCUUUUUUUUUCUUUCUUUCUUUCUUCUUUCUUUCUUUCUUUCUUUCUUUCUUUCUUCUUUCGUAGGAAAAACCUGCAAAAUCGGCAGCAGUGUAUCAAAUACUUGUUCUCCCCACUGUACAUGAGUAGAAUCAUGGAGGAUAAAGUCUGGGACUUUGAAAUAUAACGGCGCCGGAGGGAAUGGCCGCCGUUUAAUGGGCUCCUGACCAAUUGUGCUAGUUUGUGACUUUUUUUGCUCCGAAAAGAGCUUCUGGACAUCAGAACAGCUGUCACUAACCUCCAUUCGGACGAGGACUUCUACUUCAAACUCGAAGAAGGAGGAGAUGCCCCCCAUAGAGGCCGGUGUGCGGGAUACCUGACAAGAAAUCGCCUCUACCCUCCUCCGUUCUAUUGGCGAACGUGCAAUCACUGGAGAAUAAACUGGAUGAGCUACCUCAAUUACCUUGUACCCCUGCACAUGGACUCGGUACUGGUACCCUGUGUUUAUAGCCAAGUUAUUACCUUGUACCCCUGCACAUGGACUCGGUACUGGUACCCCGUGUUUAUAGCCAAGUUAUUACCUGGUACCCCUGCACAUGGACUCGGUACUGGUACCCCGUGUUUAUAGCCAAGUUAUUACCUCGUACCCCUGCACAUGGACUCGGUACUGGUACCCCGUGUUUAUAGCCAAGUUAUUACCUGGUACCCCUGCACAUGGACUCGGUACUGGUACUGUAUAUAGCCAUGUUAUUGUUACUUCUUGUUUAUUUAUUAUUUCUCUCUCUUUUUAACUAUUUCUCAUUUUUUUCUCUCUGCAUUGUUGGGAUACACCUGUGUAUUUACGAAUCAUUUGACAAAUACAGUUUGGGUUAGCCAUCUAGAUUUCCUUUCAAACCUGAAACAUAAUAUUUGAAUGCUUCUAUUUUCAUGGUUAGAGAGGCAGUAAAACAGAUUUGAUGCUUAUUACAUUUACGUCAUUUAGCAGACGCUCUUAUCCAGAGUGACUUACAAAUUGGUGCAUUCACCUUAUGAUAGCCAGUGGGACAACCACUUUACAAUUUGUUUUUAAUAUUUUACAAAAAAAUGUAAUUCUUAAUUUUUAGAGUAUAUUUAUAAUUUUCAUUUGUAUAAUAUAUAUAUAUAUAUAUAUAUAUAUAUAUAUAUAUAUAUAUAUAUAUAUAUAUUUUUUUUUUUAAAUAAUUAAAUGUUUUAAUUUUUUUACCUUUAUAUUUAGUUAAUUUUUUUUACCUUUUUUAUCUUUUAUUAUAAUUAUUAUUAUUUGUUUUUAUUAUUUUGUAUGUAUUUUUUUGUGUGUGUGGGGGGGGGGGGUAGAAUGAUUACUUUUAUACUAUCCCAGGUAUUCCUUAAAGAGGUAUGGUUUCAAGUGUCUCCGGAAGGUGGUCAGUCCUGGGCGUCAUUAGGGAGCUUGUUCCACCAUUGGGGUGCCAGUCCACAAAAAGUUAACUCUGAUUUAUAGCUCUACCCUGAGGUACCCCAAGGCUUCAAUAGCAGUAGAGGAUAAUGUUGCCAGACUUGCCAUUCAAACUGAUAACCCUUUGUUUUAAACUAGAUCACAAAACAAAAGGUUUUUCAGCUCGUUUGGUUGCCUGAGCCAACAGGUCUAGUCGAAACGUUAUUAAUGAAAGACCUACUUGUUACAGGGAUGAACUUGUAUCUCUUGUGUGUGCUAACCAAGCCAGGCUUUAAUAGGAGCAUUAAGUGUUCUGGAAUCGGACUGAGGCUACAUUCCAAAUAGCACCCUAUCCCCUAGAUAGUGCACUAGAAAUGUGGUGCACUAUAGUUGACUCUGCCUCAGCCUGUCACUCGACAGCUGGUAAAUAGAUUUACCGCUGCUGUUUUCAUAGUCAAUCCACUUCUAAACCUCAACAUGUCUCCUCGGGCCUGGGAUUAAAUAUAAUACCAUUUGAUUUGUCACAACAGGUGUAGACUAACAGUGAAAUUCUUACUUACGGGUCAUUUUCCAACAAUGCAGCGAUAAAAUUAAAAAAUGUUUCGAAAUAGUGACAUGAUAAAUAAAUACAGAGUGAAUAAUGAAUAACAAUAACAAAUAAAAAUAACAUGGCUAUAUACAGGGAGUAGCAGAACCGGGUCAAUGUGCAGGGUUACCAGGUAAUAAUGGCUAUAUACAGGGAGUAGCAGAACCGAGUCAAUGUGCAGGGUUACCAGGUAAUAAUGGCUAUAUACAGGGAGUAGCAGAACCGGGUCAAUGUGCAGGGUUACCAGGUAAUAAUGGCUAUAUACAGGGAGUAGCAGAACCGGGUCAAUGUGCAGGGUUACCAGGUAAUAAUGGCUAUAUACAGGGAGUAGCAGAACCGGGUCAAUGUGCAGGGUUACCAGGUAAUAAUGGCUAUAUACAGGGAGGAGCAGAACCGAGUCAAUGUGCAGGGUUACCAGGUAAUAAUGGCUAUAUACAGGGAGUAGCAGAACCGAGUCAAUGUGCAGGGUUACCAGGUAAUAAUGGCUAUAUACAGGGAGGAGCAGAACCGAGUCAAUGUGCAGGGUUACCAGGUAAUAAUGGCUAUAUACAGGGAGGAGCAGAACCGAGUCAAUGUGCAGGGUUACCAGGUAAUAAUGGCUAUAUACAGGGAGGAGCAGAACCGGGUCAAUGUGCAGGGUUACCAGGUAAUAAUGGCUAUAUACAGGGAGUAGCAGAACCGAGUCAAUGUGCAGGGUUACCAGGUAAUAAUGGCUAUAUACAGGGAGGAGCAGAACCGAGUCAAUGUGCAGGGUUACCAGGUAAUAAUGGCUAUAUACAGGGAGGAGCAGAACCGAGUCAAUGUGCAGGGGUACGAGGUAAUUGAGGUAGCUAUGUACAUAUAGGUAGGGGUAAAGUGACUGUGUGUGCGUCCGUGCGUGUUGGGGUGUCAGUGUGAGUGAGUGGGUAGUGUCCAGUGUGUGGUAGAGUCCAGUGUGGGGGUAGAGUCCAGUGUGUGGGUAGAGUCCAGUGUGUGGGUAGAGUCCAGUGUGUGGGUAGAGUCCAGUGUGGGGUAGAGUCCAGUGUGUGGGGUAGAGUCCAGUGUGUGGGUAGAGUCCAGUGUGUGGUAGAGUCCAGUGUGUGGGUAGAGUCCAGUGUGUGGGAGAGUCCAGUGUGUGGGUAGAGUCCAGUGUGUGGUAGAGUCCAGUGUGUGGAUAGAGUCCAGUGAGUGGGUAGAGUCCAGUGUGUGGGUAGAGUCCAGUGUGUGGGUAGAGUCCAGUGUGUGGGUAGAGUCCAGUGUGUGGUAGAGUCCAGUGUGUGGGUAGAGUCCAGUGUGUGGGUAGAGUCCAGUGUGUGGGGUAGAGUCCAGUGUGUGGGGUAGAGUCCAGUGUGUGGGGUAGAGUCCAGUGUGUGGGGUAGAGUCCAGUGUGUGGGGUAGAGUCCAGUGUGUGGGGUAGAGUCCAGUGUGUGGGGUAGAGUCCAGUGUGUGGGGUAGAGUCCAGUGUGUGGGGUAGAGUCCAGUGUGUGGGGUAGAGUCCAGUGUGUGGGGUAGAGUCCAGUGUGUGGGUAGAGUCCAGUGUGUGGGGUAGAGUCCAGUGUGUGGGGUAGAGUCCAGUGUGUGGGGUAGAGUCCAGUGUGUGGGGUAGAGUCCAGUGUGUGGGUAGAGUCCAGUGUGUGGGUAGAGUCCAGUGUGUGUGCAUAGAGUCAGUGCAGGUAGCCUGGUCUCAUAGACUAGAUGUACCAUAGUAAAUGUAAAUCCUGAUAUGUUACGUUUGGUUUGGCUCCAUAAGAAAGCAAAGCACACCCAUCCCUGGGUCCCUCCUCUUUUCAGUUCGCUGCAGCUAGCGACUGGAACGAGCUGCAAAAAACACUCAAACUGGACAGUUUUAUCUCCAUCUCUUCAUUCAAAGACUCAAUCAUGGACACUCUUACUGACAGUUGUGGCUGCUUCGUGUGAUGUAUUGUUGUCUCUACCUUCUUGCCCUUUGUGCUGUUGUCUGUGCCCAAUAAUGUUUGUACCAUGUUUUGUGCUGCUACCAUGUUGUGCUGCUGCCAUGUUGUUGUCAUGUGGUGUUGCUACCAUGCUGUGUUGUCAUGUGUUGCUGCCAUGCUAUGUUGUCUUAGGUCUCUCUUUAUGUAGUGUUGUGGUGUCUCUCUUGGCUUGAUGUGUAUUUUGUCCUAUAUUUAAAAAAUGUAUUCUAGCCACCGCCUGGUAUAGAGGUCCUAGAUGGCAGGAAGCUUGGCCCCAGUGAUGUACUGGGCCGUACGCACUACCCUCUGUAGUGCCUUGCGGUCGGAGGCCGAGCAGUUGCCAUACCAGGCAGUGAUGCAACCAGUUAGGAUCCUCUCGAUGGUGCAGCUGUAGAACUUUUUUGAGGAUCUGAGGACCCAUGCCAAAUAUUUUCAGUCUCCUGAGGGGGAAUUGGCUUUGUCGUGCCCUCUUCACGACUGUCUUGGUGUGUUUGGACCAUGAUAGUUUGUUGGUGAUGUGGACACCAAGGAACUUGAAGCUCUCAACCUGUUCCACUACAGCCCCGUCGAUGAGAAUGGGGGCGUGCUCAGUCCUCUUUUUUUUUCCUGUAGUCCACAAUCAUCUCAUUUGUCUUGAUCACGUUGAGGGAGAGGUUGUUAUCCUGGCACCACACAGCCAGGUCUCUGACCUCCUCCCUAUAGGCUGUCUCAUCGUUGUCGGUGAUCAGGCCUACCAUUGUUGUGUCCUCAGCAAACUUGAUGGUGUUGGAGUUGUGCUUGGCCACGCAGUCGUGGGUGAACAGGGAGUACAGGAGGGGACUAAGCACGCACCCCUGAGAGGCCCCAGUGUUGCGGAUCAGCGUGUCAGAUGUGUUGUUACCUACCCUCACCACCUGGGGGCGGCCCGUCAGGAGGGACCAGGAUCCAGUUGCAGAGGGAGGUGUUUAGUCCCACGGUCCUUAGCUUAGCUUUGAUGAGCUAUUUAGCAGUCUUGUUUAGCAGUCUUAUGGCUUGGGGGUUAAAGCUGUUCAGGGUCCUGUUGGUUCCAGACUUGGUGCACUGGUACCGCUUGCCGUGCGGUAGCAGAGAGAACAGUCUAUGGAUCAUGUCUACACACCAUGGCCCCUGGAGAUUCUGGUACACUACUAUAGUGCACUACUAUGGGUCCUGGUCAAAAGUAGUGCACUUCCGUAAAACUUCAAUUAAACGCUGAUUCUCAAAUAGCCGCCUGUCCCUUUUUAAUAGCCGGGCGACGGCACACAUUUCAGCAAAUAAACGCCUGUUUCAAAUAAACGCCGGGUCUAUUUUAAUUGUUUAAGAUAACCAUGAAUUGUAUACAAGGUUUCAUUUUUGAUUUGUUACAUUAAAUAAUUCAGUAAUGACUCAAAACAAUGAUGGGAAUCCUCUAUUAUCGCAAGUAAGAAACUGCUAGUCAUUGGCUGCUAACAGCUGAGAACUGCUAGCUAACUGGCUGCUAACAGCUGAGAACUGCUAGCUAACUAGCUGCUAACAGCUGAGAAUUGCUAGCUAACUGGCUACUAACAGCUGAGAACUGCUAGCUAACUAGCUGCUAACAGCUGAGAACUGCUAGCUAACUAGCUGCUAACAGCUGAGAAUUGCUAGCUAACUGGCUACUAACAGCUGAGAACUGCUAGCUAACAGGUUACUAACAGCUGAGAACUGCUAGCUAACAGGCUGCUAACAGCUGAGAACUGCUAGCUAACAGGCUGCUAACAGCUGAGAACUGCUAGCUAACAGGCUACUAACAGCUGCGAACUGCUAGCUAACAGGCUACUAACAGCUGAGAACUGCUAGCUAACAGGAAAGCUGUCUCCCGAGUCUCCCGAGUGGCACAGUGGUCUAAGGCACUGCUUCGCAGUGCUAGCUGUGCCACUAGAGAUCCUGGUUCGAAUCCAGGUUCUGUCGUAGCCGGCCGCGACCGGGAGACCCAUGGGGCGGCGCACAAUUGGCCCAGCGUCGUCCAGGGUAGGGGAGGGAAUGGCCGGCAGGGAUGUAGCUCAGUUGGUAGAGCAUGGCGUUUGCAACGCCAGGGUUGUGGGUUCGAUUCCCACAGGGGGCCAGUAUAAACAAAUAAUGUAUGCACUCACUAACUGUAAGUCGCUCUGGAUAAGAGCGUCUGCUAAAUGACUGAAAUGUAAACUAAGGUAAACUACUAACAGCUGAGAACUGCUAGCUAACAGGCUGCUAACAGCUGCGAACUGCUAGCUAACAGCUUCAGUUUCUAAUUGAAAACAUUUUGACUGCUACUCCAAAUUUCCAUUUUACAACUGCGACCUACAGCGUCUUCAGAUCUAAUCACAGCCAACCAGCUGGGGCUAUAACAGGCAGGGUUUUAACCGCUGUUAGUUACAGAGCUCUGAGUCUGUCGUCUCAGUCAGGAGCUAAUGAUGGAUACAAUCAAACAUUAGGCUUUUUUUUUUCUGAGUGCAUCCCAAAUGGUACCCUAUUCCCUAGAUAGUCCACUACUUUUUUACCAGGGCCCUAGAGUCAAGAGUGUAGGUAAUAGGGUUCCAUUUCAGACAAUGAAGGUGUUGAUUUAGACUUCAGUACGUCUCUGGGGGGAAAAGUCACACUCUCUUUCAGACACACUCAGAUUAGACUGGGUCUGGACUAGACAGCUGAUGUUGGAUGUGUUGUGUACUCUGGCUAGUGGCUUUAUUAAGACUGUCCCAUCCAUAGCUUGUUUCUCCUCCACUGUAGCAGAGGCUGGAGACCUCAGGUUAGAGGGAGGGAGGGAGGGAGUGUGUGCGCGUGCGUGCGUGUCAUGUGGUCCUCUGUAGCUCAGCUGGUAGAGCACGGCGCUUGGAACGCCAAGGUAGUGGGUUCGAUCCCCGGGACCACCCCAUACACAACAAUGUAUGCACGCAUGACUGUAAGUCGCUUUGGAUAAAAGCGUCUGCUAAAUGGCUUAUUAUUAUUAUUAUUAUUAUUAUUAUUAUUAUUAUUAUAUUAUAUUAUUAUGUGACUACCCUGGAUGACGCAGACAGGAGAUGCAGUCUGGAUAUUUGUAUUGUGAACGUUAAUGAAGUUUAAUCUAUUAAUUAGGUUAUAUUCAAGGAGUUCACCGCUAUGCAGCUCUGUGUACAGUAUCAACUGUUGGAGUUGCGGCUGCAUUAGCUAACUUCAUUGUCUCUGUGUGAGUGGCCCUUUUAAUAGAGAUGAAUCAGGAGAAUUCAGGGACUUCGUCGGCAGCUCUGGCAGGGUUAUCAACCUCGGUGCCAUCAUGCAGCUUUGUGGUUCUGGGGGUUACAGUCAGUAUCAACUGUUGCCGUCGCUGCAGCAAAACUGUUUUUUUUUGGUUGUCAUUUAGCAGAUGCUCUUAAUCCAGAUCGAAUUUACAAGAGCAAUUAGGGUUAAGUGCCUUGCUCAAGGGCACAUCGACAGAUUUUUCGCCUAGUCGGCUCUGGGAUCAGAACCAGCGACCUUUCGGUUACUGGCACAACGCUCUUAACCACUAGGCUACCUGCCACUCAGCACCAGGCUCCUUUAUGUAUUCUGACGGUCCCAGUAUCAGCUGUUGCCGUCGCUGCGGCAACACACUAUUGUCUCUAAUGUUAGAGACUAUCAUUAGGAGUAAAGUCAAUCGUCAUAGUGCAUAAGUUGACUGAUGAGCUUUGGGCUCAAACGUUACCGGCAUGACAAUUAUUACUCAUCUUGUGGUCAAUCUCCAUAUUCUUGGAUGCCCUGGGCUCCACCCCCAUCUCGCACUUUAUGUCCCCUCUGUGUUUUGUCCUGUCGAUUUCUAAGAGACCAUCUCUCUCUGAUUACUAGAUGUUUUUCCUGUUAGUUUUUCUAAGACAUUUCUCUAAUCUCUCUUUCGAUCUCCUCCUCUCGUUAUUCUCUCGCUCUCUCUUAUCUUCGCGCUCUCUUCUUCCUGUUUUCUUCUAUUCUUCUCUCUUCUUCUUCCUCUCGCUACUCUCGCUCAUUCUCUCUCUCCUCUCGAUCUAUCUAAUCUCGCUCUCUUCUCUAUCUCGCUCGCUAUCUUCGCUAUCUAUAUAUCUCGCUCUCUCUCGCUCUCUACUAUUCGAUCUUUCUCCUCUUCCCUCUCUCUCCAUCUCUCGCUUACUUAUCUAUCGACUUCUAUUCUCUGUUAUUAUAUCUACUUAUCUUCAUAUCGCUAGCUCUAUUAGCUCUUAUGUAUCUCUUCUACUUACCUCUCUUUCUGCAUAUCCUCUAAAAAACAUCUCCUAACCUUUUCUUCUCUGCACCUCAUCUGCUAUCUCUCUCUUCGAUUCCGUAUCUCUUCUCGACAUCUAGCUCUAUUCUUCUUCUCUCUUCUCGCUAUCUCUCUCCUCUCAUCCUGUCUCUCCCCUUCUCUCUAUAUUUUGCUCUCUCAAUUAUCUAUCUCUCUCUCUGUUUCUCUCUCGACUUUCGCUCAAUCACUAUCUCUCUUUUGUCUCUCUUUUCUCUCCCCUUUGCUCUCUCGCUCUCCUGCUCUUCAUCUCGCCCUCUCUGCUCAUCUCUUCUUGCCGCUCUCUUCUCGCCUCUUUCUCGCUUCUGCUCUUCUCUCUCUCUCUCUCGCUCUCUCUUUCGCUCUCUCUUUCGCUCUCUCUCUCCCUCUCUCUCCCUCUCUCUCCCUCUCUCGCUCUCUCUCUCUCCUCUCUCUCUCUUUCUCUUUCUCUCUCAACUCUAGCUCUCUUUCUCUCUCUUUCUCUCUCUCCUCUCUCUCUCCUCUCUUUCUCUGUCUCUCCUCUCUAACAGAUUAUCUCUCUCUCUCUCUCUAGCUGUUUGUGCUGUGUCAUGGCCUGCUGCAGCUAACCCAGCUCCUGUACAGCUCCUACUUUAAGAGCACCAUCACCACCAUCGAGAGACGCUUCGGCCUCAGCAGUUUCUCCUCUGGCACCAUCUCCUCUCUGCACGAGGUAGGAGCCAACCAGUAACCACAGCACAGUAAACUCAUGUUAGAUUAAUCUCAUGUGGUACUGAAAGAGUAGAAAUGCACAAGCACUUGGAUGGUGUUGUGAUCUGAUUUAUUAUAUUAGUAUUAUAUGAAUAUGCCACCUGCUUUUGUUGAAGUGCUGUCGGAUCCCUGCUCCUAGAUAACAAGUAGAAAACAAGCAGCCAUUCACUGACCGUGCAUUGCUACUGUAUCCUCCUGGUCAGAAGGACUUGACCCACUCUCUCUCUCUCUCUCUCUCUCUCUCUCUCUCCCCCCCCCUCGCUGUCCCUCCCUUCCUCCCACUAGGUGGGGAACACAGUUUUGAUAGUGUUUGUGAGUUACCUGGGCAGCAGGGUCCAUCGGCCUCGUCUCAUUGGACUGGGUGGUCUACUGAUGUCCAUCAGUGCUCUGAUCCUGGCCCUACCUCACUUCCUGUCCCAGCCCUAUGAGUACGACUCUGCCAUACAUGGUAAGAUCUAGGGAUUAAAUAUAUCUCUAUUACAGCUACAAUCGUUUUCCGCAAUACCAAGGAUGUACACUACCAUUCAAAAGUUUGGGGUCCCUUAGAAAUGUCCUUGUUUUCAAAAGAAAAGCAAUUUUUUUUGUCCAUUAAAAUAACAUCAAAUUGAUCAGAAAUACAAUGUAGACAUUGUUAAUGAUGUAAAUGGCUGAUUUUUAAUGGAAUAUCUACAUAGGCACAUUAUCAGCAACCAUCAGUCCUGUGUUCCAAUGGCACAUUGUGUUUGCUAAUCCAAGUUUAUCAUUUUAAAAGGCUAAUUGAUCAUUAGAAAUCCCUUUUGCAAUUAUGUUAGCACAGCUGAAAACUGUUGUGCUGAUUAAAGAAGCAAUAAAACUGGCCUUCUUGAGACUAGUUGAGUAUCUGGAGCAUCAGCAAUUGUGGGUUCGAUUACAGGCUCAAAAUGGCCAGAAAAAAAUAACUUUCUUCUGAAACUUGUCAGUCUAUUCUUGUUCUGAGAAAUGAAGGCUAUUCCAUGCGAGAAAUUGCCAAGAAACUGAAGAUCUCGUACAACGAUGUGUACUACUCCCUUCACAGAACAGCGCAAACUGGCUCUAACCAGAAUAGAAAGAGGAGUGGGAGGCCCCGGUGCACAACUGAGCAAGAGGACAAAUACAUCAGUGUCUAGUUUGAGAAACAGACGCCUCACAGGUCCUCAACUGUGGAAGGGGCUUUAUUGGAGCCAAUUUCCUCCUACAACAGGACAAUGACCCAAAGCACAGCUCCAAACUAUGCAAUAACUAUUUAGGGAAGAACCAGUCAGCUGGUAUUCUGUCUAUAAUGGAGUGGCCAGCACAGUCACCGGAUCUCAACCCUAUUGAGCUGUUGUGGGAGCAGCUUGACCGUAUGGUACGUAAGAAGUGCCCAUCAAGCCAAUCCAACUUGUGGGAGGUGCUUCAGGAAGCAUGGGGUGAAAUUUCUUCAGAUUACCUCAACAAAUUGACAACUAGAAAUGCCAAAUGUCUGCAAGGCUGUAAUUGCUGCAAAUGGAGGAUUAUUUGACGAAAGCAAAGUUUGAAGGACACAAUUAUUAUUUCAAUUAAAAAUCAUUAUUUCUAACCUUGUCAAUGACUACGAUUCCUAUUCAUUUUGCUAUAUUUCCUAUUCAAACUCAUUUCAUGUAUGUUUUCAUGGAAAACAAGGACAUUUCUAAGUGACCCCAAUCUUUUGAACGGUAGUGUACCUCUGACUAAGUCUCCAUUGAAAAUGUUUGUUGUUCCAGGACUAGGCUAUUGCUGUGUCCGGGAAACUGGCCCCAUGAGUUUUAAAACCUAGUGUAUGGCAAUGCAAGUAUCAUCCACAGUCAGUCUCUAUAAAGCAGCAGUCUCAGUGUGUUGGACCUGGUUCAGCCUGUCAUCGAGUGGAUGGAUGGAUUUAGACUGGUGGAUGGAUUUAGAGUGGUGGAUGGAUUUAGAGUGGAUGGAUGGAUUUAAAGUGGCAUGAUGGAUUUAGAGUGGAUGGAUGGAUUUAAAGUGGCAUGAUGGAUUUAGAGUGGUGGAUGGAUUUAGAGUGGUGGAUGGAUUUAGACUGGCGGAUGGAUUUAAAGUGGCAGGAUGGAUUUAGAGUGGCAGGAUGGAUUUAGAGUGGAUGGAUGGAUUUAGAGUGGUGGAUGGAUUUAGAGUGGUGGAUGGAUUUAGAGUGGCGGAUGGAUUUAGAGUGGUGGAUGGAUUUAGAGUGGUGGAUGGAUUUAGAGUGGAUGGAUGGAUUUAGAGUGGGUGGAUGGAUUUAGAGUGGCGGAUGGAUUUAGAGUGGCGGAUGGAUUUAGAGUGGCGGAUGGAUUUAGAGUGGGUGGAUGGAUUUAGAGUGGUGGAUUGAUUUAGAGUGGCGGAUGGAUUUAGAGUGGUGGAUGGAUUUAGAGUGGUGGAUGGAUUUAGAGUGGUGGAUGGAUUUAGAGUGGUGGAUGGAUGGAUUUAGAGUGGUGGAUGGAUGGAUUUAGAGUGGUGGAUGGAUUUAGAGUGGUGGAUGGAUUUAGACUGGUGGAUGGAUUUAGAGUGGUGGAUUGUGAGAGCCAGCCUGGGCUGCAGGUGCUCUCUAGCUGAACCCGAUCAGCAUAAAUCAUAUGGAAAAUGUUUAAUCUCUGAGUACUCCAGGAAAGCCCAAAAGAUUAGGACUGUCUCCCAGGCAGUUGAUUUAACUCAGAGCUCUGUUCACUUUCAUUACACACACACACACAUACAAACACACACACAUACAAACACACACACACACACACACACACACACACACACACACACAGUACUCUGGCUGGCUGGGCUCCUCAUUGUAUCCACUGAAGGGUCAAAUGAAACUCCAGGAACAUUAACUCAGCUGUGUGUAUAGUUCACGAGCCUGUAAUUAACUGUGUGUGUGUGUGUGUGUGUGUGCGUGCGUGAAUGUGUGUGUUUUCCCCCAGAUCGCCAAGACCUGUGUUCACUGCAGGGUACCUCCAACGGGACAGAGGCCUGUGGGAAAGCAGAGACCAAACGUAUAGCAGACACCAAUAACCUGUGGCUGCUCAUGGCUAUAGCUCAGCUGCUGUUCGGGGUGGGGUCUGUUCCCAUACAACCCUUUGGUAUCUCUUAUGUGGAUGACUUCGCCGGACAAGGCAACUCCCCCCUCUACAUUGGUAAGAGGCCUGUAGCUUACUGAAACACUAGUCCCUCUACAUUGGUAAGAGGCCUGUAGCUUACUGAAACACUAGUCCCUCUACAUUGGUAAGAGGCCUGUAGAUUACUGAAACACUAGUCCCUCUACAUAGGUAAGAGGCCUGUAGAUUACUGAAACACUAGUCCCUCUACAUUGGUAAGAGGCCUGUAGAUUACUGAAACACUAGUCCCUCUACAUAGGUAUAAGGCCUGUAGAUUACUGAAACACUAGUCCCUCUACAUAGGUAAGAGGCCUGUAGAUUACUGAAACACUAGUCCCUCUACAUUGGUAAGAGGCCUGUAGAUUACUGAAACACUAGUCCCUCUACAUAGGUAUAAGGCCUGUAGAUUACUGAAACACUAGUCCCUCUACAUAGGUAAGAGGCCUGUAGAUUACUGAAACACUAGUCCCUCUACAUUGGUAAGAGGCCUGUAGAUUACUGAAACACUAGUCCCUCUACAUAGGUAUAAGGCCUGUAGAUUACUGAAACACUAGUCCCUCUACAUAGGUAAGAGGCCUGUAGAUUACUGAAACACUAGUCCCUCUACAUUGGUAAGAGGCCUGUAGCUUACUGAAACACUAGUCCCUCUACAUUGGUAAGAGGCCUGUAGAUUACUGAAACACUAGUCCCUCUACAUUGGUAAGAGGCCUGUAGAUUACUGAAACACUAGUCCCUCUACAUAGGUAAGAGGCCUGUAGAUUACUGAAACACUAGUCCCUCUACAUUGGUAAGAGGCCUGUAGAUUACUGAAACACUAGUCCCUCUACAUAGGUAUAAGGCCUGUAGAUUACUGAAACACUAGUCCCUCUACAUAGGUAAGAGGCCUGUAGAUUACUGAAACACUAGUCCCUCUACAUUGGUAAGAGGCCUGUAGAUUACUGAAACACUAGUCCCUCUACAUAGGUAUAAGGCCUGUAGAUUACUGAAACACUAGUCCCUCUACAUAGGUAAGAGGCCUGUAGAUUACUGAAACACUAGUCCCUCUACAUAGGUAAGAGGCCUGUAGAUUACUGAAACACUAGUCCCUCUACAUUGGUAAGAGGCCUGUAGAUUACUGAAACACUAGUCCCUCUACAUUGGUAAGAGGCCUGUAGCUUACUGAAACACUAGUCCCUCUACAUACACUACCGUUCAAAAGUUUGGGGUCACUUAGAAAUGUCCUUGUUUUUUUGAAAGAAAAGCAUUUUUUUUGUCCAUUAAAAUAACAUAAAAUUGAUCAGAAAAAGCACAGCUGAAAACUGUGCUGAUUGAAGAAGCAAUAAAACUGGCCUUCUUGAGACUAGUUGAGUAUCUGGAGCAUCAUCAAUUGUGGGUUCGAUAACAGGCUCAAAAUGGGCAGAAAAAAAUAACUUUCUUCUGAAACUCGUCAGUCUAUUCUUGUUCUGAAAAAUGAAGGCUAUUCCAUGCGAGAAAUUGCCAAGAAACUGAAGAUCUCGUACAACGCUGUGUACUACUCCCUUCACAGAACAGCGCAAACUGGCUCUAGCCAGAAUAGAAAGAGGAGUAGGAGGCCCCAGUGCACAAUUGAGCAAGAGGACAUAUACAUUAGAGUAUCUAGUUUGAGAAACAGGCGCCUCACAGGUCUUCAACUGGCAGCUUCAUUAAAUAGAACCUGCAAAACACCAGUCUCAACGUCAACAGUGCAGAGGCGACUCCAGGAUGCUGACCUUCUAGGCAGUUUCAUAGAAAAAGCCAUAUCUCAGACUGCCCAUCUUAAUCUUUUCUUUUUAUUGGCCAGUAUGAGAUAUGUUUUUUUCUCUGCAACUCUGCCUAGAUGGUCAGCAUCCUGGAGUCCUGUUGUACUGUUGACGUUGAGACUGGUGUUUUGCGGGUACUAUUUAACAACUGAUGGGUUGCUGAUAAUGGGCCUCUGUACGCCUAUGUAGAUAUUCCAUUAAAAAUCAGCUGUUCCAAGCUACAAUAGCCAUUUGCAACAUUAACAAUGUCUACACUGUAUUUCGGAUCAAUUUGAUGUUAUUUUAAUGGACAAAAAAAUGGCUUUUCUUUCGAAAACAAGGACAUUUCUAAGUGACCCCAAACUUUUGAACGGUAGUGUGGGUAAGAGGCCUGCAGCUUACUGGAACACUAGUAUAACAGACAAAAUGACAGCUGCAUACCACCCUGCAUCCCCCUGGUCAUACCACCCUGCAUCCCCCUGGUCAUACCACCCUGCAUCCCCCUGGUCAUACCACGCUGCAUCCCCCUGGUCAUACCACCCUGCAUCCCCCUGGUCAUACCACCCUGCAUCCCCCUGGUCAUACCACCCUGCAUCCCCCUGGUCAUACCACGCUGCAUCCCCCUGGUCAUACCACCCUGCAUCCCCCUGGUCAUACCACCCUGCAUCCCCCUGGUCAUACCACCCUGGUCAUACCACCCUGCAUCCCCCUGGUCAUACCACCCUGCAUCCCCCUGGUCAUACCACCCUGCAUCCCCCUGGUCAUACCACGCUGCAUCCCCCUGGUCAUACCACGCUGCAUCCCCCUGGUCAUACCACCCUGCAUCCCCCUGGUCAUACCACCCUGCAUCCCCCUGGUCAGUCCCUGGAUGGGAGGCCAGAUGCUGCUGGAAGUUGUGUUGGAGGGCCAGUACGAGGCAUUCCUUUCUCUGGUCUAAAACAAUGCCCCAGGGCAGUGAUUGGGGACAUUGCCCUGUGUAGGGUGUCGUCUUUCGGAUGGGACGUUAAACGGGUGUCCUGACUCUCUGUGGUCACUGAAGAUCCCAUGGCACUUAUCGUAAGAGUAGGGGUGUUAACCCCGGUGUCCUGGCUAAAUUCCCAAUCUGGCCCUCAUACCAUCAUGGUCACCUAAUCAUCCCCAGCUUCCAAUUGGCUCAUUCAUCCCCCCUCCUCUUCCCUGUAACUAUUCCCCAGGUCGUUGCUGUAAAUGAGAAUGUGUUCUCAGUCAACUGACCUGCUAAAAGAAAAAUACCUUGACUGUCUCUUUUCUCCCCAGCCAUCCUGUUUGCUAUGUCUGUGUUUGGACCUGCCUUUGGGUUCCUGCUGGGCUCCGUCAUGCUGAGGAUCUAUGUGGACGUGGACAGAACCGGCUCAGGUAGGUACUGGGUUUAGGUUGUUACAUGGUGGACAGAUCUGGUUCCAGUAGAUACUGGGUUUGGAUCAUUACAUUGGUGGCAGAGGUUGUGUGGCGGGUUAGAGCUGUCAUCGAUCUGUCCCUGUCCCUGUCCCUGUCUCUCUCUGUCCCUGUCUCUCUCUGUCUCUGUCUCUGUCCCUGUCCCUCUCUCUCUCUGUCUCUGUCCCUCUCUCUCUCUGUCCCUGUCCCUGUCCCUCUCUCUCUCUGUCCCUGUCCCUGUCUUUGCCUCGGUCUCUCUCUUACAAUCUCGAUCUGUUUCUGUCUUUCUUUUUGUCUGUCUCUUUCUCUCUCCCCCUCUCCCCCUCACCAUUCCACCCUCCCUCUGACUUUCCUCUCUCCUCUCUCCUCUCUCCUCCCUCCAGUCACCAAUGCUGAGCUGGCCCCUGCAGACCCUCGCUGGGUGGGUGCUUGGUGGAUGGGCCUCCUCAUCUCCUCUGCCAGCUUAGCUCUGACCUCCAUCCCAUACUUCUUCUUUCCUCGCAGCAUGCCGCUGGAAGGCAAUGUAGGUAACACUCCGUCGCUGAAGUUGUGUCCUAAAUUGCACCCCUAUUCCCUAUAUAGUGAACUACCUUUGACCAGGGCCCUUAAGAGACUAGGCUGUCAUUUGGGAUGCUGACAUAAAUGCUAAUGAAUGUUUUACGAAGUCUUUAUGUUGGAUAUGUGUCAAAUAAGGUGUCACUGAAAUUCCCUAGUAAACGACCUUCACAAAACCAAGGAGAAAGCAGUGCUACGGUAGUUCACUUAAUAAUUCCUCUUCUGAGAAUACUAUCUUCCUCAGGGGAGGAGUUAAGGUUGUAAGACCUGGGCCCGGACACUAAUAUAAAAUGUAUUAUUGUAUUUCAUUAUAUUGAACGACGUGAAAACCUAUAGCUUAAAAGGAGCCAGCAGUGCAACUGAUUACGUUACUGUAGCUGUCUCUGUUGGUUGAAAUGAACUAAGAUGGAGUGCUGUAUUAAAGCUUAGACCUAUAACACAUAGCAGGGCCUAGACUAGCGUCCUGUCCAGGGGGUGUACUGUACAUCAAGCUGUAUCACUACAGAAACAGGAGAUAGACUAGUGUCCUGUCCAGGGGGUGUACUGGUACAUCAAGCUGUAUCACUACAGAAACAGGAGAUAGACUAGUGUCCUGUCCAGGGGGUGUACUGGUACAUCAAGCUGUCUCACUACAGAAACAGGAGAUAGACUAGUGUCCUGUCCAGGGGGUGUACUGGUACAUCAAGCUGUAUCACUACAGAAACAGGAGAUAGACUAGUGUCCUGUCCAGGGGGUGUACUGUACAUCAAGCUGCCUCACUACAGAACCAGGAGAUAGACUAGCGUCCUGUCCAGGGGGUGUACUGGUACAUCAAGCUGUAUCACUACAGAAACAGGAGAUAGACUAGUGUCCUGUCCAGGGGGUGUACUGUACAUCAAGCUGUCUCACUACAUAAACAGGAGAUAGACUAGCGUCCUGUCCAGGGGGUGUACUGGUAUAUCAAGAUUCUCUCUCUCUCUCUCUCUCGCUCUCUCCCUCUCUCUCUCUCUGGCAUUUUGGCUGAUCCAGCUGUAUGAAACAAAGUUGACCUGGAAACUUUUAUUGAAUAAUGAAAUAAAAACAGCUGUUCUUUUGCUUUCUUCACCCAUCCAAAACUACAUUUUCCAAAAUAAAAGCUCAAAUUAUGCAUGCAUUGUUUCUGCCAUACUUCAACCCGAAUGUCUAAUUUCCUAGGCGUGUGGAACUGACAUUCAGAAUGAAGACUCCAAGAAGCCUGAGUUCUCACUGCUUGAUUUCCUUAAGAGUAAGUCCUCUAUAUCUAGACUGGCUGGCAGAUGUAGCCAUUGGCUGAUCCACUAACACACUUGGACACAUUUGUAAAUAUUGCUGCCAGGCGUGAUUACAACAACGCCGCUAAAACUUUCCAUCGCUAUGAGAUUUAGUCUUUCUUGUUUGUACCAGUCCCUCUGACCAUUGUUUUUGAGAAACUUGUUCCAUACAUAUUUUAUAGUUGUAUUGUGUGUUUUAUAGGAUUUCACAGAGAGUCUGUCUGGUAGCUACAGUAAUUCCUUAGUUAACUGACUCAUUUAUUUGUGUGUCCGUCCGUGUUGCGUGUGUGUGUGUGUAUGUAUGUAUGUAUGUGUCUCUGUGUUUGUGUGUGUGUAUGUAUGUGUCUCUGUGUGUGUGUGUAUGUAUGUCUCUGUGUGUGUGUAUAUAUGUGUCUCUGUGUGUGUGUGUAUGUAUGUGUCUCUGUGUGUGUGUGUGUCUCUGUGUGUGUGUGUGUCUCUGUGUGUGUGUGUGUCUCUGUGUGUGUGUGUGUCUCUGUGUGUGUGUGUGUGUCUCUGUGUGUGUGUGUGUGUGUGUCUCUGUCUCUGUGUGUCUCUGUGUGUGUGUGUCUCUGUGUGUCUCUGUGUAUUCUCUCUGUUCCUCUCUCCCCAGUGUUCCCCAGACUGUUUGUCCGGAUGCUCCUCAGUCCUCUGUUCCUGCUGUUGGUCCUGUCUCAGUGCUGUUUCUCUUCAGUCAUCGCUGGCCUUGCCACCUUCCUCACCAAGUUCCUGGAGAGACAGUACAGCACCACCGCCGCAUACAGCAGCCUCCUCAUAGGUCAGUACAGCACCACCGCCGCAUACAGCAGCCUCCUCAUAGGUCAGUACAGCACCACCCAGAGCUUCCAGCAGCCUCCUCAUAGGUCAGUACAGCACCACCGCCGCAUACAGCAGCCUCCUCAUAGGUCAGUACAGCACCACCACCGCAUACAGCAGCCUCCUCAUAGGUCAGUACAGCACCACCGCCGCAUACAGCAGCCUCCUCAUAGGUCAGUACAGCACCACCACCGCAUACAGCAGCCUCCUCAUAGGUCAGUACAGCACCACCGCCGCAUACAGCAGCCUCCUCAUAGGUCAGUACAGCACCACCGCCGCAUACAGCAGCCUCCUCAUAGGUCAGUACAGCACCACCGCCGCAUACAGCAGCCUCCUCAUAGGUCAGUACAGCACCACCGCCGCAUACAGCAGCCUCCUCAUAGGUCAGUACAGCACCACCGCCGCAUACAGCAGCAGCCUCCUCAUUGGUCAGUAGAACACACACACACACGACGGACGUACAAGCCGACACAUACUCAACACACAGACAAACAGAGAGACACACACACACACACACAUUUUAAACACUUUAUUUGAAUCCACAAAUCACAUUACAGUUGAGAAGGAUUCAAACAUGGAUAUGUGGACCACUUAUGGAAACAGAAAGCACCUUUGUUCUCCAGUCCGUUAAGGCUGCCCAUGGCAGCUGCCACAGAGCAGCACCUCGCUAGCUGCUUUGCGUUUGUCCGACGCAGGCCCUCAUAUACACACUAUUGUUGAACAGAGGAGCUAGUAUGUCUGUUUCUUUAUUGAUCGGCUAUAGAUGCGGUAAAGAUGUCAAUCGAACUCGACGGAAACAGUGGAAUUGACCUGGAAACGUGUGGUGAAAAGGGCCGUGGGGGAAACAUCCCGAAUCUCCUCAUUGCCCCCCCCCCCCCCCCCCCCCCCCCCCCCCCCUCAGCUAAAUUAACCUACAUCUAGCCUAUUCUUUUGUAUGUGUCUUUCACACUAUGUUGAGGUCAAAAUCAGAGUAUAUUGUAUGGAUGGAUGUCAACCCCCACACAUGUUCAGGUCAUCGUUUACCAAUCAACUGCAUUACAAUUAAAAAUAAUAAUAAUAAUAAUAUGCCAUUUAGCAGACGCUUUUAUCCAAAGCGACUUACAGUCAUGUGUGCAUACAUUUUUACGUAUGGGUGGUCCCGGGGAUCGAACCCACUACCCUGGCGUUACAAGCGCCGUGCUCUACCAGCUGAGCUACAGAGGACCACAGGACUGACUACCACCGCCGAUUUCUGUAUGCUAGCUAUGCUAACCAGCUUAUAUGAACGGGAGUUAGCGUUUAGCAGUCUGUUCUUCUAAACCUGAAAAGAGACCACUUCUACAUGUUGUGCAGCGAAAACAGCCAAAUAUACCCACAUCAGACUUAAGUAACCACAUUGUGGGCCUGUGACAAUACAUCAGUCAUGACAGAUUUUACGAAUUUCCACUUUGUUAAAUCAGAUUUGUUGAAUGUGCGCCAAUCGGAUCAAUGGAACGGUCUGCAUUCAAUCGACCCCUUUACCGCAUCUAUGUGGAACAGAUGCAUUAUGGUGUAUCUGAUCCUACCAGCUCUUUACCCUACUCUACAGCUGAUAUUGAUCAGUUGGCAUGGGUUGCAGUUGGCACGGGUUACAGUUGGCAUGGGUUACAGUUGGCACGGAGAUGAAGACACAGAUAUCUGUUCUUCACUUGGGAUUGUUCUGAUUACGGUUUACAUCGAAGAGAUGAACACACUGUAGUUGUGGAUGAAUGACAACUGUUAUGGUGUGAAAAGGCUGUGUGAGGAUGCUGGUAGAGAGUGAGCGUUGAAACUGUAUCAUCUCUGGUGUCUAGUCCUGUCUAAGCAUUCAUCUGUGGGAGCUGCAGCGCUUUGUAUAGUCUGGGUCGGAGAUGGCACCACAGGUUCAAAAGUGGUGUGGCAAAAUUCAUACUUUUCUGGGGGCCUGGAAUUUUUUUCUGAUCUCAUGACCGACCUGGUCGGGUAAAACUCUGGGUCCUGUUCGUAGGUUAUUACAAAAUAUUAUUAUUAUAGAUGGCUUCCCCUUUUUACAUUACUGUGCAAUGACUAUAGGGCUGGGGGGUUUUCUCGUCAGGUCAUGUGAAUUGGAAACGCUCCUGGCCUAAGGUGGAUCAAACCCUUCAAACUACCACAUUCAUUCUGAAUCUGAUAUCUAAAGAGCCAGAGAGACAACCGCUUCCAUGGACAACAUACUCUGGAGUUUAUUGAACUGCUAUAGCAGGGCUGAGCGUUACGCAAACAACGGUUACAAUGUCUUUUAAAUAUUCAUUUCACUCACACACAAUGUAGAAAAGUGUUUGAAUUCUAUAUCAUAAAACCUAUUAUUUGUUUCAUCUGAUUACAGUGCUCUUCUGGAAUGAUUCAUUCUGUCAGCUUUAUGUAAGGCAGGGUUACAUUUAACACUAUAGACUGUAACAAGGCAGGGUUACAUUUAACACUAUAGACAGUAGACUGUAACAAGGCAGGGUUACAUUUAACACUAUAGACAGUAGACUGUAACAAGGCAGGGUUACAUUUAACACUAUAGACAGUAGACUGUAACAAGGCAGGGUUACAUUUAACACUAUAGACAGUAGACUUUGUAACAAGACAGGGUUACAUUUAACACUAUAGACAGUAGACUUUGUAACAAGACAGGGUUACAUUUAACACUAUAGACAGUAGACUGUAACAAGACAGGGUUACAUUUAACACUAUAGACUGUAACAAGGCAGGGUUACAUUUAACACUAUAGACAGUAGACUGUAACAAGGCAGGGUUACAUUUAACACUAUAGACAGUAGACUGUAACAAGACAGGGUUACAUUUAACACUAUAGACAGACUGUAACAAGGCAGGGUUACAUUUAACACUAUAGACAGUAGACUGUAACAAGGGACAGGGUUACAUUUAACACUAUAGACAGUAGACUGUAACAAGACAGGGUUACAUUUAACACUAUAGACAGUAGACUGUAACAAGACAGGGUUACAUUUAACACUAUAGACUGUAACAAGGCAGGGUUACAUUUAACACUAUAGACAGUAGACUGUAACAAGGCAGGGUUACAUUUAACACUAUAGACAGUAGACUGUAACAAGGCAGGGUUACAUUUAACACUAUAGACAGUAGACUGUAACAAGGGACAGGGUUACAUUUAACACUAUAGACAGUAGACUGUAACAAGGGACAGGGUUACAUUUAACACUAUAGACAGUAGACUGUAACAAGACAGGGUUACAUUUAACACUAUAGACUGUAACAAGGCAGGGUUACAUUUAACACUAUAGACAGUAGACUGUAACAAGGCAGGGUUACAUUUAACACUAUAGACAGUAGACUGUAACAAGGCAGGGUUACAUUUAACACUAUAGACAGUAGACUGUAACAAGGCAGGGUUACAUUUAACACUAUAGACAGUAGACUGUAACAAGGCAGGGUUACAUUUAACACUAUAGAUAGUAGACUGUAACAAGGCAGGGUUACAUUUAACACUAUAGACAGUAGACUGUAACAAGGCAGGGUUACAUUUAACACUAUAGACAGUAGACUGUAACAAGGCAGGGUUACAUUUAACACUAUAGACAGUAGACUGUAACAAGGCAGGGUUACAUUUAACACUAUAGACAGUAGACUGUAACAAGGCAGGGUUACAUUUAACACUAUAGACAGUAGACUGUAACAAGGCAGGGUUACAUUUAACACUAUAGACAGUAGACUGUAACAAGGCAGGGUUACAUUUAACACUAUAGACAGUAGACUGUAACAAGGCAGGGUUACAUUUAACACUAUAGACAGUAGACUGUAACAAGGCAGGGUUACAUUUAACACUAUAGACAGUAGACUGUAACAAGGCAGGGUUACAUUUAACACUAUAGACAGUAGACUGUAACAAGGCAGGGUUACAUUUAACACUAUAAACAGUAGACUGUAACAAGGCAGGGUUACAUUUAACACUAUAGACAGUAGACUGUAACAAGGCAGGGUUACAUUUAACACUAUAGACAGUAGACUGUAACAAGGCAGGGUUACAUUUAACACUAUAGACUGUAACAAGGCAGGGUUACAUUUAACACUAUAGACAGUAGACUGUAACAAGGCAGGGUUACAUUUAACACUAUAGACUGUAGACUGUAACAAGGGACAGGGUUACAUUUAACACUAUAGACAGUAGACUGUAACAAGACAGGGUUACAUUUAACACUAUAGACAGUAGACUGUAACAAGGCAGGGUUACAUUUAACACUAUAGACUGUAACAAGGCAGGGUUACAUUUAACACUAUAGACAGUAGACUGUAACAAGGCAGGGUUACAUUUAACACUAUAGACAGUAGACUGUAACAAGGGACAGGGUUACAUUUAACACUAUAGACAGUAGACUGUAACAAGACAGGGUUACAUUUAACACUAUAGACAGUAGACUGUAACAAGACAGGGUUACAUUUAACACUAUAGACAGCAGACUGUAACAAGGCAGGGUUACAUUUAACACUAUAGACAGUAGACUUUGUAACAACGUUGUUUUAUGUGUAAGUCAUAAAAACUUUAACCUUGUGUUGUUGUCCUGGUCUCCAUCUGGCCCACCACGGGUUGGUUCACUGGCACUGUAGGUACUGACACUGUAGGUACUGAUUGCCUGUAAAAUCAAUAUAUUCAAUAAUUAAAUCAAUUACUUUCAACUUUUUCAUUGAAAAUAAUAUCCCCCUUUUUAUGAAGUAGAUUUUAUUGAAUGUCACUCAUUCUGUUGCACUCUAUUCUACCCAAACCUGCAUUACCAGUUCAUAUCAGUAGGUGUCACUAUGAACUAGCUAGUUGAAAAAGACUGACACCGUGAUGGCUGCCUGUUUCUGUAUUUGUGAAAGUUAUGGUGGUGCUAGAAUCCAUCCAUUAGCCAUCCAUCCAUUAGCCAUCCAUCCAUUAGCCAUCCAUCCAUUAGCCAUCCAUCCAUUAGCCAUCCAUCCAUUAGCCAUCCAUCCAUUAGCCAUCCAUCCAUUAGCCAUCCAUCCAUUAGCCAUCCAUCUGUUAUGGUUGGACCAAUGUGUUCAUAUCGUCUGUGUAGGCUGCUCUGUGGCGGAAGUUGUAGAUUGUAGACAAACAUUUGUGAAUAAUCACCAGCAGUGGAAAUAACAUGCCAACAUUACUGGACUAACAAACUGGCUGACUAACCUUUCCAGGAACUUCAGUAUCCCUUGGCAUUGGGUAGCAGCAGCAGCAGAUCGUUUCAUCUUCUUUAUCCUGUGCCAAACACAUUUAUUCAGUGAGUCUAAAUUAUUAACGUUAGCUGCUGGCUGCAUGAUUGCGUCAACCUAGCUAGCUAGCUAGCUAGCGCUAGUAGUUUUGUUAGCGAGCUAUAGAUUGGAUCAUUCUAGCUAGUUUUAGAGCAAAUGUAUUGAAAAUGAAAUACAGAAAUGUCUCAUUUACAUACGUUUUUCCACUCCUGAGUCAAUAAAUGUUUGAAUCACCUUUGGCAGCGAUUAUAGCUGUGAGUCUUUCUGGGUAAGUCUUUAUUGGUUGUUGAUUAUUGCUAGACAACCAUUUUCAAGUUUUGCCGUAGAUUUCCAAGCAGAUUUAAGUCAAAACUUUAACUUGGCCACUCAGGAACAUUCAAUGUUUUCUUGGUAAGCAACUCCAGUGUAGAUUUGUCCUUGUGUUUUAGGUUAUUGUCCUGCUGAAAGGUGAAUUCAUCUCCCAGUGUCUGUUGGAGAGAAAACUGAACCAGGUUUCCCUCUAGGAUUUUGCCUGUGCUUAGAUCCAUUCAGUUUAUUUUUUAUCCUGAAAAGCUCUGCAGUCGUUAACGUUUAGAAGCAUUCCCAUAACAUGAUGCAGCCAACACUAUGCUUGAAAAUAUGGAUAGUGAUACUCAGUAAUGUGUUCUAUUGGAUUUGCCUCAAACACAACACUUUGUAUUCAGGACAAAAAGUUAAUUGCUUUGCCACAUUUUUUGCAGUAUUAAUUUAGCGUCUUGUUGCAAACAGGAUGCAUGUUUUGGAAUAUUUUGAUUUUGUACAGGCUUCCUUCUUUUCACUCUGUCAAUUAGGUUAUUAUUGUGGAGUAACUACAAUGUUGUUGAUCCAUCCUCAGUUUACUCCUAUCACAGCCAUUAAACUCUGUAACUGUUUUAAAGUCACCAUUGGCCUCAUGGUGAAAUCUCUGAGGGGUUUCCUUCCUCUCCGGCAACUGAGUUAGGAAGGACGCCUGUAUCUUUGUAGUGACUGGGUGUAUUGAUACACCAUCCAAAGUGUAAUUAAUAACUUCACCAUGCAGACUUUUACUCCUGAAAUUAUUUAGAUUGCUAUAGCAAAGAGUUUGAAUACUUAUUGACUCAAGACAUUUCAGCUUUUCAUUUUAAUUUUGAAAACAUAAUUACACUUUGAAUUGAUGGGCCAGUGACAAAAGAAAUCUACAUUUACAAUUCAGGCUGUAACACAACAAAAUGUGUAAAAAGUCAAGGGGUGUGAAUACUUUCUGAAGGCCCUUUAGCUACCUUGUUUUCCAUGAAAGGUUGUGUUCGCUCUCAUAAGACAGGCAACCAGGAGUGCAGAGUCAAACAACGAGGUGCUGGUGCAACCAAACCUAGUUGUUGAGAGGCGCGGUUGACAAGUGAAUCCACCUGUCACAGCGAGCGUGGGGGGGGGGGGGGGGGGUUUACCGUGUGAAAUCCCAGGCUCAGGGUUGUAUUCACUAGACAAAACAAAUGGGCUGAAAUUGGGGGAGGUACUAUGUCAACUUCUUCAAUAUGAGAUGCCUGCUUUUUUUUUUUUUUCAUUGCAAAGUUUUUCUAUGUUUUUCUAUGACGUGAACUAAUGAAUGUCUGAUAAACGCGUUUGGUGCUGCUGCUUUCAAAAUGGUGUGGCGGCGCCAUACCAGAUUAAAAAGUACUGGGGCAAAUGGUGUCUCGCCACACAGCUCUGAUCUGGGGACUAGUCUCUGUAAUAAUAAUAAUAAUAAUAUGCCAUUUAGCAGAUGCUUUUAUCCAAAGCGACUUACAGUCAUGUGCGCAUACAUUUUUACGUAUGGGUGGUCCCGGGGAUCGAACCCACUACCCUGGCGUUACAAGCGCCAUGCUCUACCAAUUGAGCUACAGAGGACCACUACUUGUACACUGUGUCAUGUGCCAAGUGGAAUGUAAUAGCUGAACAGAGACUGGCAACCAGGGCUAGCGUUUGUAUGCCUGAGACAAUAAAGUUGAUCUUAUCUUUUAGUUAAGUCAAAUCAAAUUCUGUAGCUCGCUAAGCACUCUUUCAUACUAUCUCUGUCUUUGUAGUUCUGUAUGUAGAGAUAUAUACACUAUACAGAUACAAAGAGAUAGUAUACAGAUACAUACUGUAGAGAAAGUAUUUAUAUCAGUUCUGCUCUCAAAUCUUGUCUUCCCUCUCAGGUGCGGUGAACCUUCCGUCCGUUGCCGUGGGGAUGCUGGUGGGUGGAGUCAUCAUGAAGAGGACAGGUCUCUCUCUGAAGACCAUCCCUCGUUUCUCCGUCGCCAUGCUCUCCAUCUCUGUCCUCCUCCUCAUCCCCCUCUUCUUCAUGGGCUGUCCCACACAGAGGGUGGCCAAGGUCAACUACACACCCCAUGGGUGAGUCAGAGAAGGGAUCUGCAUCUUUGCCAAACAGCUACAUCUUUGGAGAGCCGUGUCCUGACUGAUAGGGCCAUGUCCUGGUGGAUUGGGCCAUGUUCUGGUUGAUAGGGCCAUGUCCUGGUGGAUUGGGCCGUGUCCUGACUGAUUGGGUCAUGUCCUGGUUGAUAGGGCCAUGUCCUGGUGGAUUGGGCCGUGUCCUGGUGGAUUGGGUCAUGUCCUUGUGGAUUGGGUCGUGUCCUGGUUGAUAGGGCCGUGUCCUGACUGAUAGGGCCAUGUCCUGGUGGAUUGGGCCAUGUUCUGGUUGAUAGGGCCAUGUCCUGGUGGAUUGGGCCGUGUCCUGACUGAUUGGGUCAUGUCCUGGUUGAUAGGGCCAUGUCCUGGUGGAUUGGGCCAUGUCCUGGUGGAUUGGGUCAUGUCCUUGUGGAUUGGGUCGUGUCCUGGUUGAUAGGGCCGUGUCCUGGUGGAUUGGGCCAUGUCCUGGUGGAUUGGGCCGUGUCCUGGUGGAUAGGGCCAUGUCCUGGUGGAUUGGGCCGUGUCCUGGUGGAUUGGGCCAUGUCCUGGUGGAUUGGGUCGUGUCCUGGUGGAUUGGGUCGUGUCCUGGUGGAUUGGGCCGUGUCCUGGUGGAUUGGGCCGUGUCCUGGUGGAUUGGGUCGUGUCCUUGUGGAUUGGGCCAUGUCCUGGUGGAUUGGGCCAUGUCCUUGUGGAUUGGGCCGUGUCCUGGUGGAUUGGGCCAUGUCCUGGUGGAUUGGGCCGUGUCCUGGUGGAUUGGGCCGUGUCCUUGUGGAUUGGGCCGUGUCCUGGUGGAUUGGGCCGUGUCCUUGUGGAUUGGGCCGUGUCCUGGUGGAUUGGGCCGUGUCCUGGUGGAUUGGGCCGUGUCCUGGUGGAUUGGGCCGUGUCCUGGUGGAUUGGGCCGUGUCCUGGUGGAUUGGGCCGUGUCCUGGUGGAUUGGGCCGUGUCCUGGUGAAUUGGGCCGUGUCCUGGUGAAUUGGGCCGUGUCCUGGUGGAUUGGGCCGUGUCCUGGUGGAUUGGGCCGUGUCCUUGUGGAUUGGGCCAUGUCCUGGUGGAUUGGGCCGUGUCCUGGUGGAUUGGGCCGUGUCCUGGUGGAUUGGGCCGUGUCCUGGUGGAUUGGGCCGUGUCCUGGUGGAUUGGGCCGUGUGGCGCUGAUUGGUUGGGCUAGGGUGACCAUAUUUUAGUUUUCAAAAAAGAGGACAGUGGGGGCAGAGGGACACCCGCAGUGGGUGGUAAAUACAAAUGCGUUCACAACCAGGCAACUAUGUUAUUGAACUUUAAUACAUAAAGUAAAACAUCCUUUCCAUUCAACUGUUGGCCCUCAACUAUAGAAUAACAACAAACAAAUAAAUAAAAAUAGUUUAGUUUUUAGCAAAGAAAAAUUGUGCAAUCUUCAGUAGCUCUGAAUGAAAAUCUAUGCUUUUGGACCUUUCAAAAUAUUUGGUCCACUUCUUGUGUGCUUGCAGAUUACUGAACUCUCCAUCGCUGUUACACCUUUCUGUGAAUUUCUUCAGGUUGGUGACCUGAUCAAUGCACUUUGCAUCAUCAAUUGGCACCCCCCUUUUCUCCCAGGUGUUUGAUACUGGCUUCUAUGUCAUUCUAGUCAGGCGUCUCACUCAGAUCCAUCCUCAUGAAAGAGGAGAACACCUCCGUGGGUGCCGUCCAUUUCUCCAGAUACUCCAGGCAUGAACUCUUUAAGGAAUACCUGGGAUAGGAUAAAGUAAUCUUUCUACCCCCCCCCCCCCCCCCCCCCCCCCCCCCAAAAAAAAAAACUAAAAAAUCAUUGAAAAGUGGUUAUCCCACUGGCUAUAAGGUGAAUGCACCAAUUUGUAAGUCGCUCUGGAUAAGAGUGUCUGCUAAAUGACGUAAAUGUAAUGAACUGUACAGACCCUGUACUUGAGCAAUGAAAUGGUCACAAUUCUUACCAAGUCCAUCAUUGUGCUUUUGUGCCAAUAGUCCCUUAACUUUAAGGGACAUGAAGUUAUUGGUCUUGCGUUCAAGAAGCAUGGUGUGGACUUUGUUCAAAAAGGUUCUUCACUUCCACAAUUGAAUUGCUCUCCCUUUCCAUCUCCUGAAUGUGUGAAUGAAACACACAUGAGUGAGUGCAUGUGCCAGAGGUAAAUUUCACUGAACUCAUCUUCAAAAAACGUAUUGAUCAAGGAGGGUGUUUUUUCCUGUGACAAAAAUAAUGCUUUCAAGGCUGGAAACAUCCGUAGCAGCCUCUCAAUACCUGGGAAUUAUGACAGCCAUCGCGUCUUGCUGUGAGAAAGGAGACUUCUGUAUUCAACAUCAACAAAUUCACAGUACUCCUUCAGAUUCUCUGUGCGCACAGUGUAGAUGUGAAAGUAUUGACAUAUUUUGAAGAUGAUGUUCUCAAUAUGGACAUCUAGUGUGUCUGCCCCGUAAUGAACACAAUUGUUCAAGACGUGUGCUGGGCAGUCCACGCCGAUUAAAUACUUGUUCUGCAAUGACUUCUUUAAGUUUGCGAAAACAUCAUUUCCUUCUUCAUCUCGCCGGAUUCCCCCGAACAUUGUAUUGAAGUUGUCACCUGUAAAUGCAAUACAUUUUGAAAAAAUCCCAUUAUUUCCCAGUGUUUCUUUGAUGUAUUGCGCGAUCGUAUCAGCUGUCUCGUUUGGAGUGUUUUUAACUUCCGACUAAUUUACUUUGCGCGCCACCAUUCUUCCAAUCAAAAUACUGAAUAAGCAGAGGGAAUAUUUUCCCAGCACCGCGAUUGCUCCCAUCAGUAGAAACCCCACACUAAGGUAUCUCUUCUAGUGCUUUCAGAGCUAUGUCGACAGAAUGUGGUGUUAUCACAGCGUUAACUAUUGCUUCGGUCUUAGUACGAGCGCUUGAAGAUUUUCGCGCAGUCUCGGAAUCAGGGAAAGCCUUUUUUAACAAGGCAGACGUGCAGUCCAUUGAUCUGUAGCUAUUGUGAUGCUUCGUGGUGUGGAAUGCAAAAACUCCCUCCGCAGCAGUAACAGCAUCUUCUGUUUUACCUGCUCUCACAAAAACAGUCAGUUAAUUUACCUGACGAACUUUCUCCUUUAGCUGCAAUUUUGUGUUUUGCAGAGCUUAUGUGGCCUUCUAGUUCGCUAGCACCUUUAUUUGACACUGACACGUAGCUUUGCAUUCUGCUUCACACGGAUCCCGACCAAGACGAAAACACGGGAAUUUUCUCUGUAAAUCAUCUGUGAAUUUACAUUUGCGUUUGGCCAUUUUUACGCUGUUCUGGAGCCAUGUGCCACUGUUGACAAGCAAGCUGCUGCUCUGUCUCUUGGCUGUUCCCAUGGCGAGGGUAAUGAUUGAGAUGCAGUCUGACCAAUGUUUGCGUAGGCCUACAUGACCGACCAAUGGUGGCGUGUGAGAAGGCGGGACCUAAAGAGAAAGGUCAAAGCAAGGCAAAACGCACACAAUGAAUGGCGACUGUAGAAAGCAAAAGCCGAAUCCCGGACAUUUUGGGAGAUUUUGAAAUAAUAUCCCGGCAGGACACAUUUUUUUAGGUCCAAAAGGAGGACAUGUCAGGGAAAAAGAGGACGUAUGGUCACCCUAGGUUGGGCCAUGUCCUGGUUGAUAGGGCCAUGUGGCCCUGGUUGAUUGGGCCAGGUGCUGGUUGAUUGGGCCAGGUGCUGGUUGAUUGGGCCAGGUGCUGGUUGAUUGGGCCAUGUAGCCCUGGUUGAUUGGGCCAUGUAGCCCUGGUUGAUUGGGCCAUGUAGCCCUGGUUGAUUGGGCCAUGUAGCCCUGGUUGAUUGGGCCAUGUAGCCCUGGUUGAUUGGGCCAUGUAGCCCUGGUUGAUUGAGUCAUGUCCUGGUUGAUUGGGCCAUGUAGCCCUGGUUGAUUGGGCUGUUGUUGAUGUGUCUGUUUGUCAUUUUGGGGAUGGUGUGGUACUGUCUCUGUAGUUUGACAGUUGAUGUUUUGAAGGUUUUGAAGGAGGUCAUGAGGACUAGAGUACAGAAGCAUUUUAGUUAAUUGGAUAAAGAAAGAGUCUGGUGAAAUACUUGCACAAGCCCAUCAUUUACAAUAUUGUCAGGUCUUGAGGAUAAUUAACUUAAUGUAGCUUACCUUUGAUAUCACACAAGCAAAUAUAUGGAACCUUGUGAACUUUGUAGUUAAAUAACUAGCCACUUGUGACACUAAGAUAAGGCUACUGUUUGGCGCUGUGCCACUGGUGAACCCAAACAACUAGGAAUGUUGUUACUACAGUACAAUACCAAACAGAGGCUAAUGAACAACAAAUAACAUUAACAGGAACCCUGGCCUUUACCCCAUAACCCCAUAUCUCUUUUGUCUUCUGUUAUGUGAUUUGGCACUGAGCUCUACUGUCAAACUUAACUCACCCAGAACUGUGCUGAUGAACUUAACUCCCCCAGAACUCUGCUAAUGAACUUAACUCCCCCAGAGCUCUGCUAAUGAACUUAACUCAACACAGAGCUCUGCUGAUGAGCUUAACUCCAACCAGAGCUCUGCUGAUGAACUUAACUCAAAACAAAGCUCUGCUGAUGAACUUAACUCCACCCAGAGCUCUGCUGAUGAACUUAACUCCACCCAGAACUCUGCUGAUGAACUUAACUCCCCCAGAGCUCUGCUGAUGAACUUAACUCAAAACAAAGCUCUGCUGAUGAACUUAACUCAACACAGAGCUCUGCUUAUGAACUUAACUCCACCCAGAGCUCUGCUGAUGAACUGAACUCAACACAGAGCUCUGCUGAUGAACUGAACUCAACACAGAGCUCUGCUGAUGAACUGAACUCAACACAGAGCUCUGCUGAUGAACUGAACUCAACACAGAGCUCUGCUGAUGAACUGAACUCAACACAGAGCUCUGCUGAUGAACUGAACUCAACACAGAGCUCUGCUGAUGAAAUGAAAUGAACUCACCCAGAGCUCUACGGAUUAAUUUACCUCCACCCAGAGUUCUGCUGUGAUCCCAUAACCCUUGUAUAAACAUGGAAAUGGCAUUUUCACACUACUGAGCUGAGCCAAGCCUAGCUGGCCUUGUACUCAUCUGGUCUGCUUAGGCAUCCACCAUAGUUGCUGGAACCGUGCUGGGAAGGACAAUAUGAAAAGACAACAUCUGAGCUAGCUCAGCACAUUUCAGCACAAUAAUGUGAAAAAAGGGGGUAUAACUAUUGUGACACCCUAACUCUCUGCUAAACAUCUUCUCCCCACCCACAGGUUUCUGGCUACCUGUUAUUCCAACUGCUCCUGUCCUGCUAACGCCUUUAACCCAGUGUGUGGAUCUGACAACACUGAGUACCUGUCUCCAUGCCAUGCAGGCUGCAAAGAGUACACCAAAGACCCCAAGAACAAAUUCAGGGUUCUGGUAGGUGGCCAUUUAAUCUCAGGCUUUCUGACGAGGACCCAUUCAUCUGCUUUGAUUCUAUAUAGAUAAAUCAUAAUGGUGAAUAAUUAGGGAAGCAGUAUGGUAUAAUUGAACAAAUGGUUAAAAAAAACACUCCGUUACAGAUGUAGGAUCUUAAUUUGAUCACCCUGUUGUUGCAGGAAAUGCCCUGCACAUCAGGAAAUGCAAACGUGUAGUCAGUGGUGUAAAGUACUUAAGUAAAAAUACUUUAAAGUACUACUUAAGUAGUUUUUUGGGGGGUAUCUGUACUUUACUAUUUAUAUUUUUGACAACUUUUUAACUUCACUACGUUUAUAAGGGAAUUUAUGUAGUUUUUACUCCAUACAUUUUCCCUGACACCCAAAAGUACUCGUUACAUUUAGAAUGCUUAGCAGGACAGGACAAUUGUCUAAUUCACACACUUAUCAAGAGAACAUCCCUGGUCAUCCCUACUGCCUCUGAUCUGGUGGACUCACUAAACACAUGCUUCGUUUGUAAAUUAUGUCUGAGUGUUGGAGCAUGCCCCUGGCUAUCUGUAAAUUAAGAAAACAAGAAAAUGGUGCCGUCUGGUUUGCUUAAUGUAAGGAAUUUGAAAUUAUUUAAACUUUUACUUUUGAUAGUUAAGUAUAUUUGAGCAAUUACAUUUACGUUUGAUACUUAAGUAUAUUUAAAACCAAAUACUUUUUGACUUUUACUCAAGUAGUAUUUUACUGGGUGACUUUCGCUUGAGUCAUUUUCUAUUAAGGUAUCUUUACUUUUACUCAAGUAUGACAAUUGGGUACUUUUUCCUCCACGGAUUGUAGUGUACUCAAGGUUGAAAAAGGCUUCUAAAGUUUCCAGACUUGAUUUGCCCUAAGAAAAAAAAAAGAUCAACCCCUUCAGAAAUGUCCAAUAAUUAUAAUCCACACAAUAAUUCACAUUUCCUGUUACUGCAGGGCAAUGUCCUGGUAUUUUCCUGCUGUGAGAAACUGGUCAAAUUAAGAUCCUACAUCUGUAAGGUCUAAAUCUUCAACCGUUUGAACUGAUUAAACUCCCCCAGUCUAGGCGGGAGAAGAGUGUAUUGGUCAGCAGGGCAACCAGCCAGACCUAGCUCUAAGUGUCUGACUGUGUGCCACAGGAUCUACCUACAGUACAGUACAGCUACACAAUAUGGAUGGUUAACAAUCAAUGGGCCAGUCCGAUCGAUCUGUAAUCAGCCCUGGGACACAGGAAGUGUUUUAAGUGGAGUUAAACCACUUAUAGAUGUUACAGUAGGAGAGUAAUCCACUGGCAGGAGGACUGCGGCAAGGCUAAUAGUUUUAGUUAUAUUGACUUGACUUAGUGUACAUAAUACUCAACGCAUGGCCAUUCUGUUGAAUUAUUUAGACUUCAAUUCAGACCAAGAUGUUAACUGUAGUUCGUUUUGUAAAUAUACAUUGAUUAAGUACACAGUACUUUCAAAUCAAUAUAGGGUAACUAUCGUUCACAAUUUAGCCAUUUGUCUUAAUGAAAACAAGUCAUUUGUACAUUUGCUGUAUAUGUUGUCUAUCUUUAUUUAAUGACACUGGUGUCUUCUCUGUUCUCCUGCUGUAGGAGUACACGGACUGCAUCUGUAUAGGUCACAGCCAGCGUACUGCCCGCCCCGGACCCUGCCCCAACCAAUGUCCUCACUUCCUGCUUCCUGUCAUGUUCAUCAUCUCUCUGGCCGGAAUGAUCGCCUCCCUAACACACAACCCCAUCUAUAUGAUGGUCCUCAGGUAACCUCCCUCCCUCACACACAACCCCAUCUAUAUGAUGGUCCUCAGGUAACCUCCCUCCCUAACACACAACCCCAUCUAUAUGAUGGUCCUCAGGUAAAUAAUGGCUGGAUAAAAUGUAAUUUCAUUUAAUUGUUCAUUUAAUUUAAUUUGAUGUGGAAUACUCCUCAUGAGUAGCACAUAGAGAGCAAAAACAAUGGACAUGACUAUUUAGGCUAAAACAUUAUAAAUCUGUUUUUAAUGUAUUGUAUCUUACUUUGCAUGAAUUGUUUCAGAACUGUUCCCCAUGAAGAUAAAUCUUUUGCCAUAGGAGUCCAGUUCCUACUCUUGAGAGUGCUUGGUAAGUGUCCUUUUUAGAUGUAUACUUCAUAAAGACAGAUGUUGUAAAACAACACACAAUGGAAUAUAAUACCAUAUCAAAUCCACCCCACCUGGUAAUGACCCGUCUUUAUUGUGUCAAUGUAGUGUUAGAGUGCCCUCUAGUGGAUGACAACUGUUUACAGUUAUGUGUAUCUAGUGGAUGACAACUCUUUACAGUUAUGUGUAAGGGGGGCCUCAUAUUAUUGUUUUAUAACAGCCUGGUUACCAGCCCCAGCCCAGUUCGGCAUUGCCAUCGACAGCUCCUGUAUAUAAUAUGAUUUAUAUAUUAUGUGAUCCUGUCCUUCUCUAUUCUAGCCUGGUUACCAGACCCAGCCCUGUUCAGCAUGACCAUCCACAGCUCCUGUAUAUAAUAUGAUUGAUAUAUUAUGUGAUCCUGUCCUUCUCUAUUCUAGCCUGGUUACCAGCCCCAGCCCUCUUCGGCAUGACCAUCCACAGCUCCUGUAUAUAAUAUGAUUGAUAUAUUAUGUGACCCUGUCCUUCUCUAUUCUAGCCUGGUUGCCAGCCCCAGCCCUGUUCGGCAUUGCCAUCGACAGCUCCUGUAUCUGGUGGAAACAUGCCUGUGGCAACCGGCUGGGCUGUGGUUACUAUGACAAUACCAUACUGAGGAACAGGUAAGAAAAAGUACUUUAUACAACUAAUGUUAUGCUUCAAUUAGACAAGUUAUAAUGAUUAAUUUAUUAAUUUAUUGGUUGAUUGGUGAUUGGUUGGUUGACUGGAUUGAUUGACUGAUUGGUUGAUUGAUUUCCCUGCAGGUACCUGAACCUACAGGUGGGAAUGUGAUAAAUAGAGUCAUGCUAAACUAGCUCUAACCCUCCUGCCCUAUCGUAUUUCUGAAGGUACCUGGGCCUGCAGAUGGGCUUCAAGGUGAUGGGGAUCUUCCUGCUGGGGGUGGUGGGCUGGAAGGUCCAGAGGACCAGGGAGUACAGCCUGGAGAAGAGGCCUGAUGGACCACUCUGA